GCCCCUACUGCGCCUGUGUGCGUGCAUGUGUCAGCAGCAGCGGAGUUUCGUUGUUUAUUUGAAUUUCUGUGAUAAAAGUGCCUCUUAAAUUACCAAACUAAACAAUUAUAAACAAAAUGUAAAAUCUACUGAGCUGGCCAAUUGAAAAAAUACGGCAUAAAUGUUUGUUUAUAUUUGACUCUACCGAACAAACAAGAUGUCAUACUCCGCGGAGCGAGCUCUAUCCUUUCUGUACCCCACGGCGAUCGUGACUUCGGUGGUCUGUUGCAUCACCUCGGCGGUGGCCUGGUCUCAUUGGCGCUACGUCCUGAACGCCUGUCCGGACACCAACUGCGGCUGCGUCCUCCACAGCCGGAGCACGUACAACAGCUUCGAGGGCGGCAAUAUCGCCUAUUGCCACUAUGCCACCUACGGACUGCUGCUGCCGCUGAUCUUUGCCAUCGUGCUGGGCAUCUACCAUGGAUAUCGGAUGUGCAUCGGGCGGGGCAAGCCCAAGGCGGGCACGGCCACAAUCAGGCAGCGAUCCGGUGACAUGAUUGUGGUAACCACAGAGUCGGAACUUACACCCGAUGGACUCUCCCCAUAUUAUUGGCUGCCGGCUACCGUCAUCUCUGUGAUCAUGGCCAUCUAUCAACUGAUCUACUCUGCCAUAUUCACGGAUGGAUUUGAGGUGACCUGCAAGCAGUACAGGGAAUCGCUUUUGAAGGAAAUCCAGGGUGUGGGCAAUAUAGUGCCCGUGAUCAAGUCCCGAUUGUCUUGUGCCGCCGUUUUCGAUUUCAUGGACUAUUUGGUGGAGAGCAUCUCUUAUGAACGAAGGCGCUAUGGACGCAUUAAUACCGCUGCAUGCCUCUAUUUCACCCUGAUCUUCGCCUGGUUGGCCCUAUUCGCCUGGCUGGCCAUCUGUGUGAUCAACAUUGUGAACCUGCGCCGCACAAAAGCGCAAAGGGUCUGAGCAAAAGCCUCAGGAACUUGGAAAUAAUGCCAAUCUAAUAUAUUGGAAUGGAUAAGGCAUAAACUAAGACAUUCCCCACGCACAUUCGCCUUAUAUAUUUAUGUUUAAUCGUAGCCUUACGAAGCGCCACUUAUUUAUUAGUAGAAACACACACAUCAAUUACGUCCACGGUUCGAACCGCCAUCAAAAACGCAUCGUACAAAUUUAAUGUCUGAGCAACAACGAACGAUUAAUUAAAUCACGACAUAACUCUUACAAA